AUGGCCCGCACGCAGCACGCGCGCCUGCCCAUCGCAUGCACUCUUAGCUCCUGGCGGCACCUCGUGGCCCGCACGCAGCACGCGCGCCUGCCCAUCGCAGUGCACUCUCAGCUCCUGGCGGCACCUCGUGGCCCGCACGCAACACGCGCGCCUGCCCAGCGCAGUGCACUCUCAGCUCCUGGCGGCACCUCGUGGCCCGCACGCAGCACGCGCGCCUGCCCAGCGCAGUGCACUCUUAGCUCCUGGCGGCACUUCGUGGCCCGCACGCAGCACGCGCGGUUGCCCAGCGCACUCCUGGUGGCACCUCGUGGCCCGCACGCAGCACGCGCGCCUGCCCAGCGCAGUGCACUCUCAGCUCCUGGCGGCACCUCGUGGCCCGCAUGCAGCACGCGCGCCUGCCCAGCGCAGUGCACUCUCAGCUCCUGGCGGCACCUCGUGGCCCGCACGCAGCACGCGCGCCUGCCCAGCGCAGUGCACUCUCAGCUCCUGGCGGCACCUCGUGGCCCGCACGCAGCACGCGCGCCUGCCCAGCGCAGUGCACUCUCAGCUCCUGGCGGCACCUCGUGGCCCGCACGCAGCACGCGCGCCUGCCCAGCGCAGUGCACUCUCAGCUCCUGGCGGCACCUCGUGGCCCGCACGCAGCACGCGCGCCUGCCCAGCGCAGUGCACCCUCAGCUCCUGGCGGCACCUCGUGGCCCGCACGCAGCACGCGCGCAGCACGCGCGCCUGCCCAGCGCAGUGCACCCUCAGCUCCUGGCGGCACCUCGUGGCCCGCACGCAGCACGCGCGCCUGCCCAGCGCAGUGCACCCUCAGCUCCUGGCGGCACCUCGUGGCCCGCACGCAGCACGCGCGCCUGCCCAGCGCAGUGCACCCUCAGCUCCUGGCGGCACCUCGUGGCCCGCACGCAGCACGCGCGCCUGCCCAGCGCAGUGCACUCUCAGCUCCUGGCGGCACCUCGUGGCCCGCACGCAGCACGCGCGCCUGCCCAGCGCAGUGCACUCUCAGCUCCUGGCGGCACCUCGUGGCCCGCACGCAGCACGCGCGCCUGCCCAGCGCAGUGCACUCUCAGCUCCUGGCGGCACCUCGUGGCCCGCACGCAGCACGCGCGCCUGCCCAGCGCAGUGCACUCUCAGCUCCUGGCGGCACCUCGUGGCCCGCACGCAGCACGCGCGCCUGCCCAUCGCAGUGCACUCUCAGCUCCUGGCGGCACCUCGUGGCCCGCACGCAGCACGCGCGCCUGCCCAGCGCAGUGCACCCUCAGCUCCUGGCUGCACCUCGUGGCCCGCACGCAGCACGCGCGCCUGCCCAUCGCAGUGCGCCCUCAGCUCCUGGCGGCACCUCGUGGCCCGCACGCAGCACGCGCGCCUGCCCAUCGCAGUGCGCCCUCAGCUCCUGGCGGCACCUCGUGGCCCGCACGCAGCACGCGCGCCUGCCCAUCGCAGUGCGCCCUCAGCUCCUGGCGGCACCUCGUGGCCCGCACGCAGCACGCGCGCCUGCCCAUCGCAGUGCGCCCUCAGCUCCUGGCGGCACCUCGUGGCCCGCACGCAGCACGCGCGCCUGCCCAUCGCAGUGCGCUCUUAGCUCCUGGCGGCACCUCGUGGCCCGCACGCAGCACGCGCGCCUGCCCAUCGCAGUGCGCUCUUAGCUCCUGGCGGCACCUCGUGGCCCGCACGCAGCACGCGCGCCUGCCCAUCGCAGUGCGCUCUCAGCUCCUGGCGGCACCUCGUGGCCCGCACGCAGCACGCGCGCCUGCCCAGCGCAGUGCACUCUCAGCUCCUGGCGGCACCUCGUGGCCCGCACGCAGCACGCGCGCGUGCCCAGCGCAGUGCACUCUCAGCUCCUGGCGGCACCUCGUGGCCCGCACGCAGCACGCGCGCCUGCCCAGCGCAGUGCACUCUCAGCUCCUGGCGGCACCUCGUGGCCCGCACGCAGCACGCGCGCCUGCCCAGCGCAGUGCACUCUCAGCUCCUGGCGGCACCUCGUGGCCCGCACGCAGCACGCGCGCCUGCCCAGCGCAGUGCACUCUCAGCUCCUGGCGGCACCUCGUGGCCCGCACGCAGCACGCGCGCCUGCCCAGCGCAGUGCACUCUCAGCUCCUGGCGGCACCUCGUGGCCCGCACGCAGCACGCGCGCCUGCCCAGCGCAGUGCACUCUCAGCUCCUGGCGGCACCUCGUGGCCCGCACGCAGCACGCGCGCCUGCCCAGCGCAGUGCACUCUCAGCUCCUGGCGGCACCUCGUGGCCCGCACGCAGCACGCGCGCCUGCCCAGCGCAGUGCACUCUCAGCUCCUGGCGGCACCUCGUGGCCCGCACGCAGCACGCGCGCCUGCCCAGCGCAGUGCACUCUCAGCUCCUGGCGGCACCUCGUGGCCCGCACGCAGCACGCGUGCCUGCCCAGCGCAGUGCACUCUCAGCUCCUGGCGGCACCUCGUGGCCCGCACGCAGCACGCGCGCCUGCCCAGCGCAGUGCACUCUCAGCUCCUGGCGGCACCUCGUGGCCCGCACGCAGCACGCGCGCCUGCCCAGCGCAGUGCACUCUCAGCUCCUGGCGGCACCUCGUGGCCCGCACGCAGCACGCGCGCCUGCCCAGCGCAGUGCACUCUCAGCUCCUGGCGGCACCUCGUGGCCCGCACGCAGCACGCGCGCCUGCCCAGCGCAGUGCACUCUCAGCUCCUGGCGGCACCUCGUGGCCCGCACGCAGCACGCGCGCCUGCCCAUCGCAGUGCACUCUCAGCUCCUGGCGGCACCUCGUGGCACCUCGUGGCCCGCACGCAGCACGCGCGCCUGCCCAUCGCAGUGCGCCCUCAGCUCCUGGCGGCACCUCGUGGCCCGCACGCAGCACGCGCACCUGCCCAUCGCAGUGCGCUCUUAGCUCCUGGCGGCACCUCGUGGCCCGCACGCAGCACGCGCGCCUGCCCAUCGCAGUGCGCUCUUAGCUCCUGGCGGCACCUCGUGGCCCGCACGCAGCACGCGCGCCUGCCCAUCGCACUCCUGGCGGCACCUCGUGGCCCGCACGCAGCACGCGCGCCUGCCCAUCGCAGUGCGCUCUUAGCUCCUGGCGGCACCUCGUGGCCCGCACGCAGCACGCGCGCCUGCCCAUCGCAGUGCGCUCUUAGCUCCUGGCGGCACCUCGUGGCCCGCACGCAGCACGCGCGCCUGCCCAGCGCAGUGCACUCUCAGCUCCUGGCGGCACCUCGUGGCCCGCACGCAGCACGCGCGCCUGCCCAGCGCAGUGCACUCUCAGCUCCUGGCGGCACCUCGUGGCCCGCACGCAGCACGCGCGCCUGCCCAGCGCAGUGCACUCUCAGCUCCUGGCGGCACCUCGUGGCCCGCACGCAGCACGCGCGCCUGCCCAGCGCAGUGCACUCUCAGCUCCUGGCGGCACCUCGUGGCCCGCACGCAGCACGCGUGCCUGCCCAGCGCAGUGCACUCUCAGCUCCUGGCGGCACCUCGUGGCCCGCACGCAGCACGCGCGCCUGCCCAGCGCAGUGCACUCUCAGCUCCUGGCGGCACCUCGUGGCCCGCACGCAGCACGCGCGCCUGCCCAGCGCAGUGCACUCUCAGCUCCUGGCGGCACCUCGUGGCCCGCACGCAGCACGCGCGCCUGCCCAGCGCAGUGCACUCUCAGCUCCUGGCGGCACCUCGUGGCCCGCACGCAGCACGCGCGCCUGCCCAGCGCAGUGCACUCUCAGCUCCUGGCGGCACCUCGUGGCCCGCACGCAGCACGCGCGCCUGCCCAUCGCAGUGCACUCUCAGCUCCUGGCGGCACCUCGUGGCACCUCGUGGCCCGCACGCAGCACGCGCGCCUGCCCAUCGCAGUGCGCCCUCAGCUCCUGGCGGCACCUCGUGGCCCGCACGCAGCACGCGCACCUGCCCAUCGCAGUGCGCUCUUAG